AUGCUUCGCUUUGCGCAAAGCGUGUGCGACGGCCAAGAAGCUGCUCAGCUGCUCUUGACGACACUUAUCGAGGGGCUCGGUCUCCACUUGAUGGAAGCGUUUGAACAAGAAGUUAUGGCCGUCAUUACCUCAGCACUCAAGAACGCGCGUUGGGUGCGCGCUGCUGACGCGAUGCAGGCAACCUUGGACAUGGUCUUCUUGCAUCUCAUGUGGAAGCGGGAGAUCGGCACGGUGCUCGAACACAUCGGGCAACCGACUGAACAUACCUCGGUCGUCACGCGCCGCCUCGUACUGGCCAAGGUCCAAGAGUGCUACCUCCGCGUCGCCAAGAAGCUCGUGCUUGACGUCAAAGAAAGCAUUGUAAGUGCGAGUGCCGCCGCGCGCGACGCCGUGAGCAAGCGCAGCGAAGCCUUUGUCCACGCACUUCGCCUCACGCUCCAGAGUCGGCUCAAGUGCAGCGGCACGAGUGCGCUGAUUGAAAGUCUUCCGUCGGUCGCGGGGGACGUCAUGAACUGUGACGACCAACGACCGUCUGUGUUUGCUCUCUCGGCUGGUCGUGACCAGACAUGUGAAUAA